GUCUCUCCUCUUUUUCUUUUGCUCCUUCCUCGCAGCAGCAUCCGCCGCCGCCGCAAACACAUCUAGGGUUUCGUGAGGGACAGGUUAAGGCGACGGCACGAUGAAGAGGGCUGCUGAGCCCGUGGCCGGCGACGGCUCCAUCUGCGCCGUCAGCAUCACCAAGCGUGCCAAGCUUGAGGAGCCGGAGGCUGAAGCGGCCGACGGCAUCACCAGGCGCUCCCCCAAGCUCGAGGCUGCCGACGGCGCCGGCAUCUCGCCCGAGAAACCAUCCAAGAAGGAGAAGGGGGCAGAGGAGAAGAGAAAGAGAUCCAAGAAGAAGAGGGCGGAGGAGAAGAACAAGCAGCCCAACAAGGUGGAGGUGGCCCCUGACUUAAGCAUGGAGGAGAAGAUCAUGGCCAAACUGGCGGAGUUCGACAAGAAGAUGGCAGAGGAGAAGGGCAAGAGAUCCGACCAGGAGAAGAGGAUAGAAGAGUUCAACAAGAAGAUGGCACAGGAGAAGAGAGAGUUCGACAAGAAGAUGGCACGGGAGAAGAGCAAGAGAUCCGACCAGGAGAAGAGGAUGGAGGAGAUGUUGAUGAGGAUAGAGAAGAUUGCCUCCAAGAUCGAGGAGCAGGUGGCCGAUGAUGGCAUGAAGAAAGAGAAGAUGACAAAAGUGAAGAGGGCGAAGAAGCUCGAGGGCGUCGAGGUGAGAGAGAACAAGGUGAUGAGAGAGAUGGCGGACAACGAGGCUGGUGGGUUGAAGAAGAAGAAGGUUGUGACGUGGAGCUUGAGCCAGGAACUCCUCGAGUACCUGCGCGCCAAGGAGCUGAUGGGCCUCCUAGCGUCUGAGGCGUCUCUCCCACUCUGGGCAAACAAGAUGACAGAAGAGCUGUUCCCCAACCCAGAGGAUCCCAACCCUGAGGACCCUGACCUCAAGGAUGAAAUCCCACUCAAGGAACGAAUCGCUGCUGAAUUCCAGGAGAACAGAGAAUUCGAUGCCCACGUCCUGUACCAGUACCGCACCGAGGGAUACGUUGAGAUCGAAGAGGAGGUCUCGGACGAGGAGGUUGAUGAGGAAGUCUCUGACAAAGAGCAUGAUGUGGAGGCAGAUGGGAUCCUUGUUGGUAAGAAGCCUGAGAAACUAUCCAAGAAGGAGAAGGGGGCAGAGGAGGAGAGCAAGAGAUCCAACCAGGAGAAGAGGACCGAGGAGAAGAACAAGGUGGAGUUCUUAACCAUGGAGGAGGAGAUCAAUGCCGAACUGGCGGAGGAAGAGAAGAAGAACAAGAGGCUGCUGACGGUGGAAUUGAGCCAGGCUCUGAUGGAGCACUAUUUGUUCCAUGAGGUCUUGGACUACAUGGUGGCUAAACCCAUGGUCACAUUUGGAGAAUACAACUUCCGGCAAGACCUGGGGAUGUACGAUGAUCCCUACAAAGGGGCCAAAUUUUAUGCUUUCCGUAGGAGGUCCAUAGAACGCAAGGCGAACGUGCUCCAGCAGUACCACACCAAAGGUUCCGCGGUCCUCCAGUUCUAUGCCACCGAUGACGAGACAGAAUAAUCUGUGUUCGUUUGCUAGAAGCUGGCCGCAGGGUUUUGGUGCUAGGGAUUUGAUGCUAUCUUGAUUCAUGAGUUACCUUUGUCAGCUUCCUAAGUUGUAGUGUCUUGUCUGUGAUGCACUAUCCUAAGAUCUGCUCAUAACUAUAUAUGAUGUAAUCAUGCAUCCUGGUGUGUCAUCUCUUGGUACUGGUUACUCAGAUGUAUCAAGUACAAACCACUCUAUGUUAUAUUGUCAUCUCUUGGUACUGCUACAAAUCUAUAUUAUUAUUGUGACAUACAUUUUGUAUC